AUGGCCGGAAGUAUGUGCUCGAUGGGCGCGGGCUGGGAGGAGAACUAUUUGAAAGAAAAAAUGGCGGAAAAACAUUUGUCAGCGGAACACGACGGCUUCGGGACUGUCGCCGGGAAUCAGACCGAGGUGUCCUCGUCCAAAAGAUGCUCCUCCACAAGCCCCGGCGCCUCCAGCCUCGCCCCCCCGCACAAAUCCCCCCGGACCGACCCCCCAUCGCCCACCACCACCCAGGAGCCACAUCCAGAAACAGACAAGAUGGAAAACACAGAAAACACAGGAAACCCAGAGGGGUCCUCGGGGGUCUCAGUCAGCCCGUCUGCACGCAGGAAGUCCUGGAGGAGAGCCACCCUGACCAGACGCUCUUUACCGUCCCUGCCCAACCCACAUCAGGUUUUGUGCAGGAGCAUAAGCACGUCUCUGUCACCUCAAGAGAGGCUGGAGAGAUUGAUGGAGGCUUCCAUGAGGCUGGCAGUUGAAAGAACUCAAAAUUCCCUCCAGUCUGUGCCGAGCAGCUCACUGGAGUGUUUUCAAAAACAAGUCGAGCACAUGCAGAAAGAGUGGGGUUAUCUGGCCAAAAGUCUACACAGUAAACCACAGGUUCAUCAGCUCCAUGCUAGUGCAGCCAGUUCGUGUGAUCCUGCCGUGCAGAGAGCCGUGGAAAAAGUCCAGAAAACCAUCAACAGGCUCCAGGCUGAGAGUGAAUCUUGGGAGGCACUGUUGAACAAACACCGGAGUAAAGCAGAGGAAGUGGAAAGGAAAGUGGAGCAGGGCCAGGAGAGAGGCAUAGCAUUAGACUCUUCAUGUAUGGACGAGUCCUCCCAGUUCCUUUUCAUACAGAACAAACCUGAUUACCACGGCCUCCUCUGUAGACAGCAGCCCAAGCUUCACACUAUAGCCGUGAUUAUGGACACUCAGUGUAAGAUGGUUAGAGACCUUUUGUCUGUGAAGGAGCAGUCCCAGUUACUCGUGAAGGAGACUAGUGGACGAUUGGCGGCAGAAGCAGGAUUCCAGGAUCUUUCACCUGACCCAUUUCGAAACCUUAUGGCAGCACCUGUAUCCUCUGCAACCACAUGAGCGCUCAGGCAGGACGGAAGAACAAACGCCAA